AUGUCAUGGAAUUUAUGGAAAAUGUACGAACUAUCAUGCGAACGGCACGUCGACAGAGAACUACACUUCGUUAGCGCACCAUACGUUGUCAGCGAACUACAAGUCGUCAAGGCACCAUACGUCGUCAGCGAACCGAACGUCUUCAGCGCAACGGCACGUCGUCAGCGAUCUGCAUGUCGUCAGCGAACCACACGUCGUCGGCUGCAGUGCACCGUAAGUCGUCAGCGAACCACACGUACUUAA